AUGGAGGCAGUGGGGCCAGAAAUUCGCAACGUUGUUCCGUCUGUUCGCUGGACUGAUGAUUCUCCUGUGCUGUGGAAUGAUGGUUGCUGGAAACGACCCGUGUCCCGGACAUCCGGGCAGCUGUACGGUGUAGUCAGUCAGUUCCAGGCCAAUACAAAAUACCAGUCAGACCGGGACUCGGAAAAAAUCCUGCUGAAAAUCCCGUUCCCUACGGGGCAAGACAUUGGUGGACACCUCUUCUUCGGUUAUGAUGGUUACCUGUAUAUAUCUGUUGGUCAUGGGGGUCCGGAACAGGAGGAGUUUGCACAGAACAGAUUGUCUUUACUUGGCAAGAUCUUGCGGAUUGACGUGGCGGUAGCCAGUGAUGGGAAGAACUACAGCAUUCCCUCAGACAACCCAAUCGUAGAAAAUGGGGGUCAAGGUCGGAAGGAGAUAUAUGCCUCCGGGGCGAGGAGUAUGUGGAGGUGUAGUCUGGAUUCGGGUGACGUCAGCACUGGUGAAGGACGCGGAAGGAUAUUUUGUGGAGAUGUGGGAGCAGAAACAUAUGAAGAGGUGAACAUCAUCCAAAAAGGAGGGAACUAUGGCUGGAACGAAAGGGAAGGGUACGAGUGUCGAAUGAGGAGGGCUUGUCACGACUUAGAGAUGGAGGUAAUGCCCAUCAGUGUGUAUGAGCACACACUGGUUAGAGCCGCUGUGGUAGGAGGUUACAUGUACCGAGGCAAAGGCAUACCAAGCGUUCACGGCCAAUACAUCUUUGGUGACGCGUCUAGCGGAGAGAUGUUCCGACUGGUUGAGCCCAAGAAACGGCAAAGUCAAUGGAUCUCUUACUUACUGACGGUGUGUGAUAAGUCCCAGUGUCCGUGUAGUGCCCGAGAGGAGCAGCCUAAACACAUUGUGUCCUUCAGCACCGACAGAGAUGAGGAGCUGUAUGUACUAACUACCACUUCCCUGAUGUCUGAGUGGGCGACGGGCGCCAUCUACAAACUUGUCGCUCCAAUAGGCAAUAGAAAUGACAAACUGACAUGUGCCGGAAAUACUACGAGAUGGUCUGUUUUAGCGGUGUUGGUUUGGCUUUUUGCUUCGGUGACGUUUACCUAAAAGCUGUAACAGAUCUAGAGAUACCGAAACGUCCACAUUUGGGUACGUGGUCAUGCUCCCUGCAUCCGGUAUGUCUGGGUUAGCUGUCAAUCUCCAGGUCUACUCGGACUGACCUGCAUACUUCCGUCCUGCAUGUGUACAUGACGUUUGGGGCUCCUCGUUUGUCCCUCUUGCAUUUCUGCAAGAAUUAUCAGCA